CUCCAUUCCACUCUCUUUGAAAUCUUUUCAACCUGGCUCCACGACAGCCCACAACCUCUCAUUUCCUCCUCGCACGAUCUCCUCCAUGUCACCCUCACCCCGGACUCCCAACUCGUCGUUUCCCAUCUCGGUUCCACUCGAUGCCCUGGCCUUGCGCGUGAUGUCCCCAGUCGGCCUUCUCAGUGUAUGCCCAAUCCAAUCCAUCUCCACUUCCUUCUGUAUAUUUGUUCAACGAUAGCUUCUUGCUUCGUUGCCAGAGUGAGUUCCUUGCUGUUUAUUCUUUCCGGUCAUCUGAUCUUCAGUAACCAGCCAGCGUAGGCAGCUGUUGAUGAAUAUCUGUAGUUUGUUGGAAAUGCCUUUCGCAACGCACCAAGUCUCUGAACCAUCACACAGAAGCACUGACUUGAUUGUCUUUGGUGUUGAAAAUCCGGAUGUUGUUCACGCAUUGUGCUGAGUGCAGAAGAUCUCCAUGCUGGUUUCAGGUUAAUGAACGCCUGUCUUGCUUCUACGAUUCUGACUUUGACGUUCUCGUGUGUGCCACUGCCUGUAGUUGAAACAGUGCUGCCUAGAUAGGUGAAAGAGGCUACUUCCUUUAAGUUUCUCCCGUUGAUGGUGAUUAGAGUUGUUGUUGAUGGUGGUGGUGGUAGUGUUGGUUGGAUAUCUUCAUCACCUCUGUCUUAUCUACGUUCACUUGAAGUCCCGUCUUCGCUUCCCUGCCUCGCCUCUUCUGUCAACUUGUUAUUUUUUGCCUGUAGAUCUUCAAGUUUGCGUGAUAUUAGAAACAAGUCAUCGACGAAAUCCAAAUCUUCGAGGGUCUUUUCAUCGGUCAAACAGCGCAUGCCCCUCUUCUCGCUCCUCACUGUUUGUUGCAUGAUCCAGUUCAACACAAUCAGGAAGAUGAUCGGUGAUAGUAGACAGCCUUGUCUCACUCCUGCCUGUCUUCAUUUCAAAAGCAUCACUGAGCUUCCCAUUGUGAAUUACUUGGCAUUUAGCAUCCUUAUAAAGCUACCAUUGAAUGAG